AUGCAUCAGCUACCAUCGGAUACGGAGGAUACUUCAGAGGACUAUGGUUUUCUUCAUCUUGAUUUCCAAAUUCCGCAACCUUGCUCCUCAGGCCCAAGAUCAACCGUGCAGUGUUCCCCAUCCGAAGGAAGUGUUCUGGAGCUCAACGACACAGUGAACAUGUUAUGGACCAAUGCAGUGGCACCAAGCACAAGAUGCACAUAUCAAACUGCCUUUCAUGUAUAUGUGAAAUUUCUGUUGUUGUCGAAUAUCAUUACAACUGUGUGUAUUUCUGAAGUUCAUGUUACCGAAGAUUAUUUGAUAUCAUUUGUAGCAUACUGUGUUAGCAAACUUCAGAUAAGCUACUCAACUAUUAAGUUGUAUUUGUGUGGAGUUAAAUUCAUGUGUUUGCAAAAUAACAUCAACUAUCCUGACAAUUCUCAGUUAUGUAGACUGAAAGCUAUUAUGAAUGGUGUAAAACGUGUUCAAUUACCAUCCCGUAGUUUAAGGUAUCCUGUUACUUUUGACAUUUUGUUAAGGACUUGUUUUUAUUUAAGAAAGGUAGACAACUUUUACAAUUUGAUGUUAGAAACUGUAUGUACUGUAGCUUUUUUUGGUUUUUUGAGAUGUGGUGAAUUUACAUGUAAAGAAGCUUUUGAUCCUUCUAUACAUCUUUGUAUGAGUGAUUUAUCUAUCUUUGAGGAUUAUGUACAUUUACAACUUAAAAUUUCUAAAACUGACCCUUUUAGGAAAGGGGUCAUCAUAAAACUUUUUUCUACUGACAAUGUUAUCUGUCCUUUUACUAUAUGUUGUAAAUAUUUAAAGGCAUCCCGUACGAAAAGUCCCAAGCGGAGAAAAGGCGGACAUCAUAGACGGAAUCCGUCUGAAUUAAGCAAUAUAAAAGCAUAA